AUAUGGUUUUGGCGCCCCUAUGUUGCAUACCCCCUUAUGUGCCCCUGACUCUAAGUGUUAACGUCAUGGGAACUUGUGUUGAUCCUCCACCCUUGUCACAAACAGUAGGAGCUACUACACGAAAACGCUGAUGAACCCAGGUUGGUCUAACUUCUUCACCAGGGGUUAAACAGAAGAGAAGAUUUUGACAGUCAUGUUGCUGUGUCGAGUGAAUUUCUUGGACGACACCCACUUUACGUGGGAGCUGGAGAGGCAUGCAGUGGGGCAUGAUCUUUUUAAUAAUGUUUGUGAACACCUUAACUUAUUGGAGAGGGAUUACUUUGGUCUGGCCAUGUUGGAUUCUUCAAAUACCAGGAUGUGGCUGGACUGUGCUAAAGAGAUUCGAAAACAGAUUAAAGGUCCAGAAUUGGAGUUCUUCUUUAAUAUCAAGUUUUACCCACCUGAUCCUUCAGGUCUGGCUGAGGACAUUACUAGAUAUCUUCUGUGCCUUCAGCUAAGGAAAGAUAUUUUGAUUGGUCGAUUGCCCUGUCCACCAGACAUGUUGGCUGUGUUGGGUUCAUACACAAUUCAGUCAACACUUGGAGAUUAUGACCCAAGUGUCCACACAAACAACUAUGUCAGCAAAAUUCUUCUCGCACCCAACCAAAAUGAAGAGCUAGAGAAGAGUGUCAUGGAGCAGCAUUCAACACAUAGAUCUAUGAGCCCUGCACAGGCAGAUAUGCUUUUCCUCGAAUAUGCCAAGACACUGCCCAUGUACGGGGUGGAUCUGCAUCCUGCCAAAGAUGUUAGCGGUGCAGAUGUGAUGCUGGGUGUGUGUUCUGAAGGACUGAUGGUGUAUGAGGAUGAGGUCAAAAUAAACAGUUUCUCCUGGCCCAACAUUCUUAAAAUCUCCCACAAACGCAAAACAUUUAUUCUCAAGAUACGUCCUUCUGAGGAUGAGUUAGAUGGAGAUGUCAGUUUUACUCUCCCCAGCUACAAAGCCUGCAAACAACUCUGGAAAUGCUCGGUGGAGAGCCAUGCUUUCUUCAGAAACAGACUUCAAGACACAAAAGCAAAAAAGUUUCUGCCUCUGGGAUCAAGGUUUCGUUACCAUGGACGCACUCAGUCUGAGUGUCUGGAGGCCAGCGUUAACAUUAAUCGAGAUCCUCCACAAUUUACACGCAUUGCCACCAAGAGAAAAGCAAAUGAUGAAAUCCUUGAAGUUCUAAAGCAACCGGUUCGAACAGAGGUAGAUGACUGGUCCUUGGUACACGAUUCAGACAAAUGGGACAUUGCUGCUACAUCAGAUGAUGUAAUGCUGGAAAGCAAAGAGGUCUGGGAAUCAAAGCAGCGCGCUGAUGAUUGGUUUGUCCUUCUCGAGAACAGCAAAAUUUCUUCAUCAGGUCUCCAAAAGCCCCCUCAGACUGGAGAAGAAAGAAAGGUGGAGAUUGUGGAAGAUAAAGAAUCAGAGGAGAGGUAUGAAGAUGAGCUGGUGAUAAAACGUUCAUAUAAAGUUCACAUGGAACAAGAGGGUCCUGUGGAGUUAAAGGUGAUGGAGGGACUUGCAAGAGACAUCCUGGAAAAAGAACAUCCAGAAUUAUUGGGGCCUAUGAAUGAAUCACUAACAGAAGAAAUACUGCAAGUUAAUGGAGAAAGAAUACAAAAAGUAGUAAUCACCAAACAAUGGGUACAGGAGGGCAGCACUUUUGUGGAACCACAUGAAGAUGCAGAGAUAAAAACAGAGAGGGUGGAGACCGUGAGAAGACAUGUAGUGAUAACUGAAGGGGGGGAAAUGCUCCGUAUGGAAUCUGAGAAACCAUCAGAGAGAUUGGAAAUGAUGGAACGGAGACUAAAUGAGGUGGAGGCCAUUGAACAGAAACUAGAAGAAGAAGAGGAAGAACAGGUGAAGGUGGAUUAUAGGAGCCCACAGACAGUUUUUCUGAAGCAGCCUCAAAGAGACCUGGAAGAUGAUUGGUUCAUCCUUUUAGAUGUUUCUUCUAAAACAUCAGUGCCUGUGGCUUAUCCACUUCUGCGAAGCACAAGUGUUGAGGUGUAUGAUGAGAGAAGAGAGGAGGUGCAAAGAGAGAAGCAGGACCAACAGGAGGAGGUGACACUGGAGGUCAGGAAGCAACAGCCAGUCAUACUGGAGCAGAGAGUAGCUCAACCCCAGAGAGAUUUUGAAGAUGACUGGUUCGUCAUUUUUGACGUUCCCCCCAAAGGAUCAGUGCCUUUGGCUUAUCCACUCCUGCGAAGCACAACUGUUGAGGUGUAUGAGGAGAGAAGAGAGGAGCCUCAGAGCACAGCGAAGGUUGAGUACAAACAACAAGAUCAGCUGGAAGUUUUGAUGCUUGAGCAGAGGGCAGCAAAACCUCAGAGAGACGUGGAAGAUGAUUGGUCCAUUGCUUUUGAUGUUUCUCAUAAAGAAACAGUGCCUUUGGCUUAUCCACCUCUCCAAGAGGCAUCUGUUGAAUUGUAUGAGGAAAGCAAAGGGGAGGUGCUUCGAAGGAGCACGAGAAGAGAGGAGGAGAGGAUUGAGAUGAUGACAGUGAGCACCGAACAAACAAUGAUAACAGAGAAGACGAUGAGGGUCAUACAGACCCCACAGGUGUUUCCAGUGGUGCCCAGAGAGAUUGAUGAUGACUGGUUUCAACUAUUUGACCAAGUGCCCUAUGAACAGAAGAGAUUUUUACCAGAUUUCGAAGAAAAGAAAGCCACGGAAAAAAGGGUUAAAGAGGAGCGACAGAAAAAACCACAGCAGGUGCAGGUGACUGUAGAAGACAGAAGAUCAGAUUCAGUUAUCCUGGAACACAGACUGGCACAAGCUACAAGAGACGUGGAAGAAGACUGGUCCGUUAUUUUAGGUGGUUCUGGAGAGGAGAUGACCAGGAGGACGAUGAGGGUCAUACAAACCCCACAAGAGUUUCCAGUGGUGCCAAGAGAGAUUGAUGAUGACUGGUUUCAACUAUUUGACCAAGUGCCCUAUGAACAGAAGAGAUUUUUACCAGAUUUCGAAGAACAGAAAGCCAUGGAAAGGGUUAAAGAGGAGCGAGAGAAGAAACCACAGCAGGUGCAGGUGACUGUAGAAGACAGAAGAUCAGAUUCAGUUAUCCUGGAACACAGACUGGCACAAGCUACAAGAGACGUGGAAGAAGACUGGUCUGUUAUUUUAGGUGGUUCAGGUGAGGAGAUGACCAGGAAGAUGAUGAGGGUCAUACAAACCCCACAAGAGUUUCCAGUGGUGCCCAGAGAGAUUGAUGAUGACUGGUUUCAGAUGUUUGACCAAGUGCCAUACGAACAGAGAAGUUUCCCUUCAGAUGUUAAAAGCAGAGACAUUUGGGUUCGUGAACCCACCAAAGACCAAAGAAUUCAGAGGACAGCGGAGAGGGUCACGGAGGAGCGGCUUAGAGGAAAAAGCGUGACGACAGAAGAAAGGAGAGUGAUCUUUGAAGAACGCAGGGAGAGAGUCCACAUCAUACCGCAGGUGUUUCCUGUUGGGGUACGAGAGGUGGAUGAUGAUUGGUCUCAGCUCCUCGACCCAACACCAUUUGAGAAGAGAGCUGUUCCUUUAGUUUCAGUGGGCACCGAAGAACAGAGGAUGAAAGCACGGGAGGACAUAAGAGUGAGACAGCAGGAGAAGAGAGUUAGAGACGAUGUGGAGAUCAGAAUGAGACCAGAGAUGCGUAAACGGGAGCUGGAAGUCAGAAGAUCUCAACCAGCAGUUAUUGUGCAAACAGUAGCACAGCCACAGAGAGAAGUGGAAGAUGAUUGGUUCCUUCUUUUUGAUGUUUCACCAAAACAAUCAGUUGCGGCAGAUGUCAUUAAAGUGGACAAGAGAGCUGAAGAAGUAAGAAGAAGGGAAGUAGAGAGGAGAAUGGAAGAAGAAAGGAGAAGAAGGGAGGAAGCAAGGAAGAUGCAGAUAAAAGUGGAUGACAGGGAAAAAAGACAAGUUAUACAAGAGAAAAGACCGGUCAGGCUGCGGAGAGAAGAGGAGGAUGACUGGUUUACUCUUAUGGGUGUUUCCCCUAAAGAUUCAGUUGUUUCUCCAGUGGCUUUGCCCAAACCGCGCACACAGAUCCUGGUUGACCAACCAUUCACCUCCACUCCAACUGCACAACCGGUGUCUGUGACAAAAACAACCUAUCGGGACCGGACAAAAGACACACUGGACAUCACACUGGAGUCUGAGGCUGAUGAAUCUGUGUCUAUUAGAAAGUCACAGAGAUGGACGAAGAGAAUUGAAGGAGAGAGCAUAUAUGUUCGCCACAGCAUUCUAAUGCUGGAGGACUUUGAUGUGACCCAGGAGGUGAUACUAAGGCACCAUGAGAGCGUCAGAGAACUUAAGCGUAUCUUCAUGGAGGGUGCGCCAGAUUUUGGACCCACUGAGUGGGAUCGACGUCUGUCCUCAUACUCGCCCACGCCUAAAGCCCAGCUCCCGCACGCCAACGGCGAGAUACUCAUCAGCAUGGGCUUAAUUGAUGAUGGGAAGACAGUCUUGUAACGAAGCUCCGCCCACAUGAACCAAUAUCAUCUUGAAAUUCAAACUGCUUGACACUGUUUGAACAUUUGAUAUUUAUAUAAUAACAGAUUUUUUUGCAAAUGUAAUUUAAUGGACUUAGAACAUUUAGGGGCAGAUUCCCGGACAGGUUUUUAGAUUUAUCCAGGAUUAGGCCUUAGUUAUGUUAGGACAUUUAAAGGGACCUUCCACUUUUUUGAUUCUUAUCGUUUUGGAAUCCAUUCAGCUGAUCUCCGGGUCUGGCACUAGCAUUUUUUA